GUUUAAGGCGUUUAAGUGAGUUGUGUUGUUUGUGAGUGCGCAUCAAUUGAAUAAAGCUUAUCAACAAAAAAAACAGAGAAUGAAGGUGUUUUUAUCAGUGAUGAUGCUGGUGCUGCCGGCGCUGCUCUACGCCGAUCUGUGUGGCACACCGACUGAUGCUUCAAUGUCGUUACUGCGUUCCGAUUUGUAUCGGGGCCAGCAGGAGUUCUCGGUGGCCAUGUUGGAUGCCAUACGCAAGGCAACGCCCAACGAGAAUGUGUUCUUCUCACCCUACAGCACCUACCAUGCCCUCUUAUUGGCAUAUUUCGGUGCCACCGGCGAGUCGGAACAGGAGCUGGCCAAUGCGCUGCGUUUGAAGUGGGCGCAAAACAAGGAGGCUGUGCGCAGUGCCUAUCGCUCAGAGAAGAAGUUGCGGGAGGUGCGCAACAAGGAGAUGCCACUGGAGUUCGCUUCCGCUGAUCGUCUGUACUUUGACGAGACGGUCAAGCUGGCCGAGUGUCUUGAUUCGCGUCUGCACGAUGAAAUCGUGCAGCUGAAUAUAAUGCAGAAUGUGGAGCAAUCGCGUCUGCAGAUCAACGCCUGGAUUGCUAAUGUCACACACGAUCAGAUCAAGGAUAUGAUUGUUUCCGGCGACAUUGAUUCGCGGACUCAACUGGUGCUGGCCAACGCUGCCUAUUUCAAGGGCCAGUGGUCUAACCGCUUUAAUGCGGACAAGACCCAACAAAUGCCAUUCUAUACGUCCAGCGAAAAGUUCUCCUUUGUGCCCAUGAUGAAGCAGAAGGGCAACUUCCUGCUGCAUCCGGAUGAGCGCCUAGGCGCUCACGUUCUGCAGCUGCCGUAUAAAACAUCGAUGAAGGAUGACGAUGAGAAUUCGGAUAUAUCUAUGGUCAUCAUAUUGCCAGCCUUCAAUAAUGAUGCACUGGAACAGGUGCUGUCCAAGCUAAAUGCCGACACGUUAGAUGCGUCGCUUAAGGAAGCUUCUAUGCGCGAAAUCGAGGUAUCACUGCCCAAAUUUGAGUUCGAGCAGCGUCUGGAACUCCUGCCGAUCCUGCGUCAAAUGGGCGUCAAUCAGAUAUUCGAUUCUAACGCCAGUUUCAACGACUUUAGCACCGUGCAGAAGCUUUCCUUUGGCGAUGCCAAGCACAUGGCCAAGAUCAAGGUCGAUGAGGAGGGCAGCACAGCGGCGGCGGCUACUGUUUUGGUUAGCUUCCGAUCGGCCCGGCCAGUGGAGCCAACUAAAUUCGAGUGCAAUCAUCCGUUCGUCUUUCUGAUCUACGAUCAUAAGGCUAGCGCUGUUUUGUUCACGGGCAUCUAUCGUGACCCCAAGACAAUGAAGUAAAAUGCCACGCCCAACCAUUUAAGGCUCGUGUCAGAUAUACCAGUGCAAAACUAAGCAUGUGUGUGUGUUUUCGACUCUUGUUAUCUUAUAAUCCUGAACCAAAUUUCGUCUCGAAUAAGCACAGCUACCUUGUAUUUGUAAAAUAAAUUAUAUGAACAAAUUUUAA